CCCACGUGACUGGCUCCGCUCUCCAGCCAUCAUGGCGUCUCCCAGUGGGAAGGGAGCCCAGGCGCCAGAGGCCCCUGGCUUCGGGCCCCGGUCCCUCUCCCGCGACCUGGUGGACUCGGUGGACGACGCGGAGGGGCUCUACGUGGCCGUCGAGCGGUGUCCGCUCUGCAACACCACCCGCCGGCGGCUGACCUGCGCCAAGUGUGUCCAGAACGGCGAUUUCGUUUACUUCGACGGCCGCGACCAGGAGAGGUUUAUUGACAAGAAAGAACGGUUAAGCCAACUUAAAAGCAAGCAAGAAGAAUUUCAGAAAGAAGUAUUAAAGGCUGUGGAAGGAAAAUGGAUAACAGAUCAAUUGAGAUGGAAAAUAAUGUCUUGCAAGAUGAGGAUUGAACAGCUGAAGCAAACAAUAUGUAAAGGAAAUGAAGAAAUGAAGAAGAAUUCUGAAGGCCUUCUCAAAAACAAGGAAAAGAAUCAGAAGCUUUACAGUCGAGCACAAAGGCACCAAGAGAAAAAGGAGAAGAUUCAAAGGCACAAUCGCAGACUUAGUGACCUGGUAGAAAAAAAGUCCAUUGACUUAAGAAGUAAUUAUGAGCAUCUGGCAAAACUUCGGCGAUCCCAUAUAUUGGAGCUCACUUCUGUCAUUUUUCCAAUCGAUGAAGUAAAGACUGGUGUGAGAGAUCCUGCGGAUGUAUCUUCAGAGAAUGACAGCGCCAUGACCUCCAGCACUGUGAGCAAGCUUGCUGAAGCCCGGAGGACCACUUACCUUUCUGGUCGAUGGGUCUGUGAUGAUCACAAUGGCGACACCAGCAUUAGCAUUACAGGGCCUUGGAUUAGCCUCCCUAACAAUGGAGACUACUCUGCCUACUACAAUUGGGUGGAAGAGAAGAAAACGACCCAGGGGCCUGACAUGGAGAACAGUAACCCAGCCUACACAAUCAGUGCUGCCCUGUGCUAUGCCACUCAGCUCGCCAACAUUCUGUCCCACAUACUUGAUGUCAACCUUCCCAGAAAGCUGUGCAACAGUGAAUUUUGUGGAGAAAAUCUCAGCAAACAGAAAUUUACUCGAGCAGUGAAGAAAUUGAAUACAAAUAUCCUUUACCUUUGUUUUUCUCAGCAUGUCAACUUAGAUCAAUUACAACCACUGCAUACUCUCAGGAAUCUAAUGUAUCUGGUCAGUUCGAGCUCUGAACACCUUGGCAGGUCAGGACCCUUUGAGGUGCAAGCAGACCUUGAGGAGUCCAUGGAGUUUGUGGAUCCUGGAGUGGCUGGAGAGUCAGAUGAGAGUGGAGACGAGCAUAUAAGUGAUGAGGAAACGGACCUGGGCACAGACUGGGAGAACCUGCCAAGCCCCCGCUUUUGUGACAUCCCAUCCCAACCAGUGGAAGUCUCCCAGAGCCAGAGCUCCCAGGUGUCCCCACCCAUCUCGAGCAGCAGUGCAGGUGGGAUGAUAUCCUCCGCUGCAGCCUCAGUGACCUCCUGGUUCAAAGCUUACACUGGACACCGUUAGUGAGCAUGGAUCAAAACGGCCAGAUUCGCAUCAUGACAGCUCUGCUGCUGUUAGGAACCUCAUCCGCGUAGUUAACGGUAGUGCCUGCAACACAGAGGUUAACCACUGUCAGUUGUUUAAAGCAGGGAGAUGAGCAUUUCUGCUUGUCAGGCAGUGGCCCGUGAUGGAUGAUAGGGCAGAGGUACAGUGGUCCCUCAGCCUACGCAGCACUGGCGGGAGGAGGACCUGUGGGGCCCUGCACCAGGCUCCACAGACCCCACCCUAUGUUGUCCUAUGAUGCUGUCUCUUCCUCACACUAAGUUAGCUCUUUAGGUUGGUUGAGCCACAGGAAGUGAUUUGUGAUGAUGAUGAUGAUGAUGACUUGAAAGGCAAAAACUAAGUUUAUUUUUCUGCCAUUGUUUUUUGUAGAGAGCCAGCAGCAAUUUGAAAUACUUGAUUUCUUUAUAAUUUGGUCAUCUUAGGGUUUUAGAGCCAAGAGCUGGGUCUCAUUGCAGAGGGUGGUCUUUUUUUGAGGGGAGUAGUAGUUUAAAGCAUUUCAUUUGUUCCACUCUGUCAUAGCUCAUCACAUUCCUGUUUUCCUCCCCCCACACACCAAAGAAACCAAUGUCUUUUUCUGUAGAAUCCACACCCACAAACGGAAGAAACACUAGCUGCAAUAAUGUCCUAUUUCCUGUAUUCUGAGGAGAAUCAAAAUCAAGGUCAUUCUUCCCUGCAUCAUUUUCUGCUAUCCACCCUAUGUGCAUUUUGAACAGGAACUUAUUUCUGUGAGUAGGUACUCCCUUGUGUGAACUAAAUGCCACCUGGACUGGAGUCAAAGCCAUGUAACUAAGUGGCCUGCCCUGUUCUCCCUGGGGGAUUCAGUAGGUGGCAGGUGUUUACAGGAAAGCCCUUCCUCUGUUUGCUACAGGCUGCUCCUGCUCUACACUCCUUGGGCAGAAUGCAGAGCAUCUUUACAGCUGGGCCUAUUCCACCCUGUCCUGGGGAACUUUAUAUAUAACUUUCCUUCACCGAGAGGUUAUUUUCAACCACCAUGUCUUGUCAUUCUCUUAGUGACAAUCUUACAGAAAACUAUGAGAGGCAUUAUGUAUAAAAUAUGUAAAUAUUUUUUAUUUUUAAUAACUGCAAAAAAAUCCUAUGUAAUUCAAAAAGAAAUUCUAGAAAAACUCCCAACAUUAUUACCUAUCUUCCUAGUGUGAUUAGCAUGAUUAUACCUCAGAUGCAUCAUUCAGAGGUUUGCCAUGCCCUAGCUGCUUCUCUUAUUGUAAUUAUUAUAGUUGGUACCUUGCCUCCAGAGGUCUGAGGUGCUCUAUGGCCUUUGCCUUGGAGAUUUUUGGUGUUGCUAGUUUGGGGUGGAGUUGCAGGAGGCCCACAGUCUAGGCUUUGUGAGUGUCCCACUUAGGGAGGAGACAUGCUUCCCCUUGUGGGCAAACAGCGUUCUCCUAAGUGCUUAGCCUCAUGGUUGUUGGCUGAAAUUCAUAGAAUGGAUAACAUAGAAUGAACAAAUAUGAGGUGAAGCUAAAGAAGAGGACUCAACGAGACCACAAACUGAUGGCUGGAGUAACAACACAAGGAUGCAGGACGUUUAGGGAUUGCUGGAGAAGUACAUGCUGGUGUUGAUAUCAGAUAAAGGCACUUUAUAUCUGGUUAAGCAAUCAAAGCCUUUAAUGGUUUUGAAUAUAAGCCAAUAUUUGGGUUUCAUCAUUUUGCACUGGAUCCACCCUGUAAAUACUCUUGAGUGUGUAUUUCAACCACUGUGUUUUUCUACUUAUUGCUGCUCAUUAAAAUCUCUCCUUUAGGUGCCAGAAUCAUAUAUAAACAGCUUUCUUAAAAAAAAAAAAGACUGAGUUUUUCUUAAAAAAAAAAAAAAAAAAAGCCAUAGAACUUGGUGUUUUCAGUUUAAAAUGAUCCAAACAAGAGAAUACUUGUAACAUCCCACAGGCAUCUUACAGGUUGCAUUAAAUGUCUUACAUUUUUAUGUAAUGGAAUAAAACUAAGGAAAGUUUUGCAGUUGUAACAAAGGAGAAAACAGUAUGUCACCCCACUGGGUAUGGUGGGCAGGGUUAGAAUACUUCAGGAAGAAAGGGCAUUUGGUAUCCUACUUUUAAACCUGCAGAGUAUCUGUGGUGUGAUGUUGAGGGAAUUCCCCUUGUUCUGUCACUUCCAAACCAAUUUGAGUCAUACAUUUUCUAAACUUUUAAUUGUAUUAUUGCAAUAAAUCUUUUUAACAGUA